AGAUGUCGUCUAAGAAAGAAGAUGGAGGAUAUUUUAUUUGGUCCGAUGAAACGAUCGGAAUUUUUAAUGAAAUAUGCAUUCAGUUCAUUCUUAAGAAUGGGAGGGGACAACAAUUUAGGUGGAAGGAGAUGCAAGCUUUGUUCGAGGAGAGAACAAAAAGGAAAUGUUCUUUUAAAAGCUUGAAAAAUAAGUUUGAUUUUAUGAAAAAGGAAUGGCGAUUAUGGAAAUUAUUGAAGCGUGAUGAGUCUGGUUUGGGUUGGAAUGCAUCCACUGGCACGCUGGAUUGUUCAGAUGAAUGGUGGGGUAAAAAAAUUAAGGAAAAAUCAGAAGUUAAGAAGUUCAGGCAUAAAGGAGUUUUGCCGCAUAUUGAAGAGCAAUGGGAUCAAAUAUUUGGGGACUCAGUAGUCACUGGAGUAGAAUGCGUGGCUCCAACGGCUACAAUUUUGGAGAAUAGCAAUCAAGGAAAUCACGAAGACAAUGUCAACUUGGAGGAUAACAAUGAUACUUACGAGGUAUUUAACAGAUAUAAUGCUGAACCAGAUCUGGAUAACUUUUUUCAAGAUUUUAUGCAAGAGGCUAGUGGGAACAUGCCUUCUGCUCCUACAAUUACCACUGUUGAAGAUGCAGGGACCGUUGCCACUAGUAAGAAGCGUAAACUAAGACAGUCUAAGGGAUCGGUGAAACUAAGUGAAAAUUUAGAGAGGGGGAAUACAUGUCUUCAAGCAAUUGAGCGUCUCUUGACUAAAAAGGAGAAAGUUGCUGAUGAUUGUGUUAGUGUUGGUGAUGUCAUGGUAAUUAUGACCAGAAUGGCUGAGAAUGGUGGGCUGGUCAGGAAUGGUGACUUAUGGUUUCAGAGCAUUUGUGUUCUUGACAGUCCUAGUCGAAGACAAUUCUUCAUGAAUUUUAAAGAUGACGAUGAAAGGCUCAACUGGUUGAAGUUUAUGCACGCAAAAGGAAUAUUUUAAGUACAUUUAGUAUGCUAUUUCGACAUACACAUUUAGAAUGUUAUGUCAUUAGCAACAUUUAG